ACAAUCGUUCGACACUGUCUAAGAGUUGAUUUUCUUAGGCACUGCAUCUGGAUAUCCGUCACCCCAUAGGGGAGCUUCUGGUGUAGUAUUACGUGACUUAUGUUCUGGUUCACAAUGGUUAUUUGACUGUGGUGAAGGUGUACAGAUACAAGCGCAAAAGUCGUCUUUCGUUCACUUUGGAAAAAUCAAUUCUAUUUUUAUUUCACAUCUUCAUGGGGAUCAUAUGUUUGGUCUUCCUGGACUUUUAUGUACAAUAGAUCAGAAAGGUGAAGCUAACAGUGUCGUAUUAGAAGAUGUAGACCGACAAAACGAUGGCGCCUCCAUAAAUAUUUAUGGGCCAAAGGGACUUCGCAGAUUCCUUCGACUUGCUCUUGCAUUAUCAAGAGCUAAUUUAAGCUACACUUAUGCUGUUCAUGAGUUGAUACUAGAAGAAAAACAUUGUCCUCCAAAUUGGCAAGACUGGGCAUGUUUAGAGGCUGAUAUAACUCGAGAUCCCCCAUUAUUUUGUGAACGUUCUGGUAGAGACAUUUUUGCGAACAGUGAUGGAUUCUGGUAUAAUGUUACAAAUAAUGAAGAGAACUGUGAAAUGGUGCAUGCAGUGUCUAUAAAACAUACGAUUCCUUCCGUAGGUUGGCUGAUAAUAAAGCCGGAUCAUGCACCUUCCUUGUGUGCUGAGACAGCUAUAAAAUUAGGCGUUCCCAAAGGACGAUUAAUGGGUGAACUGAAACGAGGUAAGACAGUUGUCAUUGAUGGUAAAACAGUUCGACCUGAAGAUGUGUUGAAACCGCGUUUAAGAGGUCAUCGUAUCGCAAUUAUGGGGGAUACGUAUGAUUCUUCUGAACUUUUACGUCUUAUGCAGGUUUUGCAUACUACAAAUCAAAUUACUUCUAUAACUUUGGAUACUCUUGUACAUGAAGCUACUUUAGACGACAGUUUAUAUGAGGAUGCAUUGAGCAAAGGUCAUUCUGUACCAAGAGUUGUAAUGAAAUUAGCCUGUCAACUCAAUGUUCGUCAGUUAGUUUUAACACAUUUCAGUCAUAGAUAUGAUCGAAUAGAUUCUCCAGAUGAAAACACUAUAAAAAGUGAAAUUGGUGAACAGGUGAAUCAUUCAAAGAAAUCUAAAAAUGAUAAGAAAAACAAACCUAGUUUACAAAUUAUCUUAGAUCAAGCCAAAUCUACAGAUUUCAGUGGAGAUAUCAUUUUGGCUGAUGAUCAACUUUUAGUCAAAAUCCCCCCUGUAACACAAUAACAAUAUUAGUAUGCAAAAAUUGUUUUUCUGUUUCAUGAAUUCAAAU